AUGCAGACUCAUUUCUUUUCAAGAAUUUCUUGUUCUGAGGGCCAUGAUCACGAUGAAUAUGAAGAUUCUACCAGUACUCUGCUUUCUCUUGCUCCUCCGGGCCAGAACAAUUUCUCAAACAAACUUCUUGAUUGCACUUUUGAGUUUUCUUCUUCUUCCUACUCCAGGAAUUCUCAGAACAUCAUCUACCAGCAAGAAGAAUAUUGUAGGAGGAGGGCUAAUAUUGCUGAUAUUAAUAUUAAUAAUAAUAAUAAUAAUGGUGUGACAGUUGCACUUCAUAUUGGGCUGCCAACUUCUUCUUCAUCAGCAGAUAUCAUUUCUCAUCAUCAUGAUGAUAGCAGUAAUAAUAAGUUUGGAGGUCUUGGUGAAGGACAAUAUUGGAUUCCAACUCCUGCUCAAAUUCUGGUUGGUCCCACUCAAUUCUCUUGCCCUGUCUGCAGUAAAACAUUCAACAGAUACAACAACAUGCAGAUGCAUAUGUGGGGGCAUGGAUCACAAUACAGAAAAGGUCCGGACUCUUUAAAAGGGACAAAACCAGCUUCAUCAAUGCUUAAGCUACCCUGUUACUGUUGCGCUGAAGGUUGCAGAAACAACAAAGACCAUCCCAGAUCAAGACCCUUGAAGGAUUUCAGGACCCUUCAAACACAUUACAAGCGAAAACACGGGACGAAGCCGUUCCAAUGCAGGAAAUGUGGGAAGCCAUUUGCGGUGAGAGGUGAUUGGAGGACUCAUGAGAAAAACUGUGGCAAAAUGUGGUUUUGCAUUUGUGGUUCUGAUUUCAAGCACAAAAGAUCACUCAAAGAUCAUGUCAAAGCAUUUGGAGAUGGCCAUGCAGCGCAUAGUGAGAACCUGUAUGGGAAUCAUCAACUUGUACUUGAAGAAGAUGAUGAAGAUGAAGAUGAAGAAGAGGACUAA